AUGCCGAUAAAAGCAAAACGGGUGGACCCACAGAGAGCUAUUGAGGUUGCACGAGGCCAGCUAGGCACCUUCAAGUUAUCUCAUGAGUCUGCCCGCAUCGGGCCAUCAUCUAGUAUAUUUGAACAUUCUCGUCAACCAGCGGCAGCUUUAGGUAAUGAUGACGACGAUAGCAGUACCUCUACUAGUAGUGAAAUCACAACGGCUCCUGAGGGGGUACUUUUUUCAGGCCGAAUGGGUAAUCCGUAUCAGGAACCAUACAUCAAAAGUGACCAUUUUAAUGCUACGGAGGAGGUCUUACUAGCUGCGGCACGGGAACGCACAAAAGCGUUGCUGUAUCCGAAAAGUGAAUCCAUUGCCCAUAAUCAUGGCAAAACACCGGUAGCUUCUCAACAUAAUGUACGUCUUCUUAAGUAUGAGCGUACCAAAGCACAUAAAAAUGCAUCGAUGACCGUACGCGAGGCACUUAUCGCGUCAGCAACACCAAACAGUAGCUCUAAUAUUGAUGCAUCAGAGCCACUAGAAUCUGACACGUCAACACCCGAUUUGCCCCAAAACUCUGGUACAGAUGACAUUAAUAAUUCACGGUGUUUAUCUAAUUCAGACAAGGACGGGACGGAAUCGAUGAGACACGCACAGACUGUCGAGAGCUUUCCUAAAGUAGAUACCACCGACAAUAACCACCUUGACCCACUCCAAGAGAACUUUGAACGUCUUUCAAAAUUACUUGGCAAGUAUAUGCAGACCAGUUCAGAGUCUAAUGCGGUAGUUCAGCAACAGGAAUCGGUGCCCGCAAAGUCGGCGAAUCCCGUCGACAGGGGCGUUAAAAGCAACGCUCGUCUGCCUCCCCACACUUUUGCCGAGCUAGAGCAGGAAGCCUUGGAGCAGCUAUACUGUAAUUGGUGCAACCGCGCACAAGAUGAGGAUUCACAAUCGUCAUCACUGUUCGUAGCCGCUGAUCAUACAGCAGAGGCUCUGGCCAUAUCCAAGGCGAUUUGUCUGCGUAAGAGGGGUACAACCUCUGAAGAGCUGGUGCCCACCGACCUAUCACUGCUUGCUGAUGAGCCAAUGAGUCUAGAGGAACUGGCCAUUGCGCCGCACGUUAGACGAAGCCUUGCAGUACGUCCAUCACCUGCAAACCUUUCCGAGGAAGAUGCUCUCUCGAAAACACCGGCGGCACUUUCUCAGCAGGCACAGGAGCGGCUUAAUAGGUUUUGGUUGAGCGUCAUGUGGGUAGAGCGUUUGGUAAGCAGUACGAAGUUUGUUCGCUGGCUCGCUGGUUUUCUUUAUGGCCAUCACAAAAUUUUUAUGAAAUAUGCCACUAACCAAUCGAAGGGGAAGCCUUUUCAGAAGAUCAUUGAUCACGACCAUGAAGAGUACGCCGUUUAUGAAGAGUUCGGGCAAUGUACCUCUACUGCACUUGUGCAUGUACUGACUCAACACGUUCCUGACUUUGAGGAAGCAGAGUUUGUGGAGGCACUUUAUGAUUACCCUGCCAAUCUCGAUCCUGGUGGUAACGAUGAACAUGACAACGGCUCGUUUGGAUCGCAAGGCAUCCUUUCGUACCAAGCAUGGCGCAUCAUUUUAGCCAUGAGUGACUUUGAGUCUUUUUUCCUCUGGAUGAUGGAUUACAUCAAGGAAGAAUACGAGGUAGAGCUUGGUAGCGAGGUACCGGUUGCUGUUGGCGGGGCCCGAGGCUUACGAGCCCUGCUCCGAUCCACGUAUCGCUUUGGAGGAGAGGCGAAUACAAUAUCUCGAAACAUAACUUUACCAUUAUCACCGACUGUGCCACCAACCGAAGGAUCCUUUGAUAAGUCUUCUCCAGGCGAAAAUGUUAUGGAUCCGAAGUCUCCACCAUUUUCUUUUGAAGAACAAACUGAGGUAACAGUGUCGCAGACGCACCAAACGAUUGAUACAACGUUUUUUUUUAUUACUGAUCCCAACACUUUAUCCAGGCCCGACACCGUUCCAGAUGCCAUGCCCCCAGGUAUUACCACGCAAGCCUCUAAACUGUUGACACCCACACCGCCAGCCAGCGCUUGUUCUCAUCGUUUCUUCACACCCAAUAAAACUCUUGCUGCGCGUGCAUUCCGAAACUUGCCAGCGCUUCAAGUUCCCUGUCCCAGCAAGGCUAGCUUAGAGCGUCGCACAGGAAGCGAAGUCAAAGAUGAGCUACGGGGUAGCUAUCCUGGUGCUUUAAAUCGGGAUACAAAUUCCAAAGGGAGCGGCAACGGCCCCCAAUCCACAGACGAAGUACCUUUUGCAGUCAACACCACAACUAGAAGCACUAGUGUAAAGAAAAAAAACGUCCGAUUCAACUCUUCUGCACCCCCCAAAGUACCAGCCACACGCUCAAAGUCAAAAAAAAAUUGA